AUGGCGCCGUCUGGGCGUGGCAGAUCGCAGUAUUCUUAUAUGCCGUGCGACUUGUGUGCAGAGGACCGCGCAGCCAAACCCGGGGGCAUACAGCCGACUCGGGCUAAGUCCCCGGCUGGGCAGCCUCCCCACACUAUUCGCCGCAGUGGACCCGCCGAACUGGGCACAGGGCCUAUCGUCCGCGAAUGGAAGGACCCAACUGCGAUGGAAGGUCCCUUCUGUGUCUGGACCUUGCUGACCUCAUUCCUCACCAUGUCGGACGAAAACAUCAGCGAGAAGCAAGACCCCUCCACGGCGGAGAUGCUCCGUCGCAUCCAGACGGGCGAGAGUGUGCUGCUUCCCAUCCCGCGCGAUGCGUUUGAGAAGCUCUACCUGAGUCCCAAGACACCUACGGCGGGCAAUCUGGCCCGCACCUUCGGUAACCCGACUCCCAUUUGCCUGAUGGGUUUCUUGCUGGCCGCGACCCCGGCCUCGAUGGCUGUGAUGGGCUGGCGAGGCUCGGGCGGCAAUGGUGGUGCCAUCUUGCCUGUAUAUAUUUUCUUCGGAGGAAUGGUGCAGGUCAUUGGCGCCGUCGGAGAAUGGAUUCUCGGCAAUACUUUCUCCUGCGCUCUGUUCUUUACAUAUGGCACCUUCUGGAUUGUCCAAGGAACCACACUCAUACCGGAUUUUGGCACCGGCACCCAGUACUCACCCACCGGCAAUGGGCUGGAGGGUAUGAAGACAGCCGAAUAUAGCGCCACAAUCGGCCUCUACUACGUUAUACUUUCCGUUGUCACCUUUGUCUACCUCAUCUGCUCAAUUCGCACCAACGCUGCUCUUUUCCUUGCCCUUUUCCUACUUGUCAUCGCAUUCGCUCUGUAUGCGGGCAUGUACUUUCAGAUUGCGGCCGGAAAUGCUGCCCAUGCCGCGACAUUGCAGAAGUGUGCCGGAGCAUUCAAUUUUGCUCUUUGUCUACCAAUCUGGCAUAUUUUCGUUGCCCAAAUUCUCGAGGCGGUCGACUUCCCUAUUUCACUGCCGGUCGGUGACCUGAGUACCUGGGUACUGGGCAAGUCUCAAAAGGCAAAGAGAAGGGAGGUUGAGGGUGGGAGGUGA